AGAAAUUCACAUCAGCCGUCGGAUAAUCAGAAUCAGCAGCAAUCCCUAGCCGUCUGAUCAAUUUGAGAGCCUGAUCUAAUCCCUGUUCAAACUCCGAUCUUUACUUAAAUACCUUCCGACCCUCGCCUUCAUCUCAUCGUCUUCCCCAGCGCCAUGGUUGAGCCACAAACUGAUUCACCAGCUCCGGCUGGAGCACAAACCGAUUCACCAGCUCCUUCUCCAUACCAAGUUCUUCCCAAGUACCCCGAGAUGAUUUUUGCUGCGAUUGAGGCUGUAGAUGAAAAGAACGGAGCUAACAAAUCUGCGAUUUCGAAGCAAAUCGAAGACACCUACGGCAGCCUCCCGGCGGCGCACUCAACCCUCCUCUCACACCACCUCAACAAGAUGAAAGCUAGCGGCGAACUAAUCAUUGUCAAGAACAACUAUGUUAAACCCGAUCCAAAUGCGACGCCGAAACGAGGCCGAGGCCGGCCGGCGAAACCAAAGCAAUCUCCCCCGGAGGGCAUCGUCGUUUCUCCUCCCAGACCCAGAGGCCGUCCGCCGAAACCUCGAGAUCCUCUUGCUCCGGUCACUGAUUCCACGCCUAGACCCAGAGGCCGUCCCAAGAAAGUUCAAGAUCCACUCGCUCCGACGCCGGUGAAAGUUGGCCCGGCCAGACCCAGAGGCCGUCCGCCGAAUCCGGAUUCUGCUGCUAAAAAAGCUGCUCAGUCUUUAAGCGGCCGCAAACGUGGGCGUCCUCCGAAGGUAGGAGGGGCUUCAACCGCGUCGAAACCUCCACCGCCAGGUGGUGAACGAAGGGGAAGAGGGCGGCCUCCUAAAGUGCAAACACCGGCAGCUGAUUCGGUUGAGAAUUGAUUGAAAAGCAAGAUUAGUGUCAAAGGGGUUUAGUUGUAAUUGUUCUUUCGUUUUUCUUCUUAAAAAGUACCAUUUUCUUAUAACUGAUUUCAGUGAGGUCGGCUGUUGGAUGUUAGCGAGUGUAAUUGGAAUGUAAAUUCAAAUCUUCUAGCUUAAUUUUAGGCUAAUUUAGGCCUCAUUUUUUUCUUUGAUUUUAAAAAUUGAAAUGGAGUUGAAUGUGAAGCCUC